AGUCAGAAAUUAGUGAUGCGGCGUCAGGAAGCCCCGGAGCGUGGCUUCCCAGACCUUCAAAAACGCUCUGCCAAGGUCGGAGCCCGCAGACCACGCCCGCCCGCGCAGGCCACGCCCCAUAGUCGCAGACACGCCCCCAAGAGGACGCUAAGGCGCGUACGUGCGCCGCCCGGGGGCGGGGUCGGCGUGGAGAUGCUCCUCUGUUCAGAGACCCACGCUACCGGAAGCGGAAAUAGCACCCGGCGCCGCCAGAGUAACCAUAACUGCCACCGCGAUGCCGAAGGGUCCCAAGCAGCAGCCGCCGGAACCCGAGUGGAUCGGGGACGGAGAGGGCACGAGCGCCGCAGACAGAGUGGUGAAGAAAGGGAAGAAGGACAAGAAGAACAAAAAGACGGUGAGGAGAUGGGGUUGAGGAUGAACUUGAUCAAGUGUUUCCAUGUGAAGUUCUUUGAAGAGCUGGCAGUAGAAGAUAAACAGGCUGGGGAAGAAGAGAAAGUGCGCAAGGAGAAGGAGCAGCAGCAGCAGCAGCAGCAGCAGCAGCAGCAAAAAAAAAAACGAGACACCCGAAAAGGCCGGAGGAAGAAGGAUGUGGACGAUGAUGGCGAGGAGAAGGAACUGCUGGAGCGUCUGCAGAAGCUCUCGGUGCCCGCCAGUGACGAGGAGGGAGAGGUACCUGCCCUGAAAUCCCGAGGAGGGAAGGAAACCAAGGGAGGCAAUGCUUUUGCAGCCCUGAUUCAGGAUCAGAGUGAGGAAGAGGAGGAGGAAGAAAAACACCCUCCUAAGCCUGCCAAGCCGGAGAAAAAUCGGAUCAAUAAGGCUGUAUCUGAGGAACAACCAGGACUCAAGGGCACCAGGGGAAAGGAAGAGAAGUCAACAGGGAAAGCCAAGCCUCAGAAUAAAUUUUCCGUUCUGGACAAUGAAGGUGAAGAGGAUGGAGAAGAAACACUAACAAAAGAAAAAGAGCCAUCUAAGCAAGGGAAGGAGAAGGCCAAGAAGGCAGAGCAGAAGAGAGAAAAGGGUUAUAACACACUAUGGCAGGAUUCCGAGGAGGAAGGAGAGGAGGAAGAAGGGGAGUCUAAGGCCAAUGAUCCCUAUGCCCACCUUAGCAAAAAAGAGAAGAAAAAGCUGAAGAAACAGAUGGAGUAUGAGCGCCAGGUGGCGUCGUUAAAGGCCGCCAAUGCUGCUGAGAAUGACUUCUCCGUGUCGCAAGCAGAGGUGUCCUCUCGCCAGGCCAUGCUAGAGAAUGCGUCUGACAUCAAGCUAGAGAAGUUCAGCAUCUCUGCCCACGGCAAGGAGCUGUUCGUCAAUGCAGACCUGUACAUAGUGGCCGGCCGCCGCUAUGGGCUGGUGGGGCCCAACGGCAAGGGCAAGACCACUCUCCUCAAGCACAUUGCCAACCGAGCCUUGAGCAUCCCCCCCAACAUCGAUGUGCUGCUCUGUGAGCAGGAGGUGGUAGCGGAUGAAACACCCGCAGUGCAGGCUGUUCUUCGAGCCGACACCAAGCGAUUAAAGCUGCUGGAGGAGGAGCGACAGCUUCAGGCGCAGCUGGAGCAGGGCGACGACACAGCAGCUGAGCGGCUGGAGAAGGUGUAUGAGGAACUGAGGGCUACUGGCGCGGCAGCGGCAGAGGCCAAAGCCCGGCGGAUCCUGGCUGGUCUGGGGUUCGAUCCUGAAAUGCAGAAUCGGCCCACACAGAAGUUCUCGGGAGGCUGGCGCAUGCGUGUCUCCCUGGCCAGGGCGCUGUUCAUGGAGCCCACGCUGCUGCUGCUGGACGAGCCCACCAACCACCUGGACCUCAAUGCUGUCAUCUGGCUCAACAACUACCUGCAGGGCUGGCGGAAGACGUUGCUCAUCGUCUCCCAUGACCAGGGCUUCCUGGAUGACGUCUGCACUGACAUCAUCCACCUUGACGCCCAGCGGCUCCACUACUACAGGGGCAAUUACAUGACCUUCAAGAAGAUGUACCAGCAAAAGCAGAAGGAGCUGCUGAAGCAGUAUGAGAAGCAGGAGAAGAAGCUGAAGGAGCUGAAGGCGGGCGGCAAGUCCACCAAGCAGGCGGAAAAGCAAACAAAGGAAGCCCUGACUCGGAAGCAGCAGAAAUGCCGACGAAAAAACCAGGACGAGGAAUCGCAGGAGGCCCCCGAGCUCCUGAAGCGCCCCAAGGAGUACACUGUGCGCUUCACCUUCCCCAACCCCCCGCCGCUCAGCCCUCCUGUGCUGGGCCUGCACGGUGUGACGUUUGGCUAUGAGGGGCAGAAACCACUCUUUAAGAACCUGGAUUUUGGCAUCGACAUGGACUCAAGAAUCUGCAUCGUGGGUCCUAACGGUGUGGGGAAGAGCACCCUGCUCCUGCUGCUGACGGGCAAGCUGACGCCGACUCGGGGGGAAAUGAGAAAGAACCACCGGCUGAAAAUUGGCUUCUUCAACCAGCAGUAUGCAGAGCAGCUGCACAUGGAGGAGACGCCCACUGAGUACCUGCAGCAGGCCUUCAACCUGCCCUACCAAGAUGCCCGCAAGUGCCUGGGCCGCUUCGGCCUCGAGAGCCAUGCCCACACCAUCCAGAUCUGCAAACUCUCCGGGGGGCAGAAAGCCCGAGUCGUGUUUGCGGAGCUGGCCUGUCGGGAGCCCGAUGUCCUGAUCUUGGAUGAGCCCACCAACAACUUGGACAUCGAGUCCAUCGACGCUCUGGGGGAGGCCAUCAACGAGUACAAGGGCGCUGUGAUCGUCGUCAGCCACGACGCCCGGCUCAUCACGGAAACCAGCUGCCAGCUGUGGGUGGUGGAGGAGCAGAGUGUCAGCCAGAUCGACGGCGACUUUGAGGACUACAAGCGGGAGGUGCUGGAGGCCCUGGGGGAAGUCAUGGUCAACCGCCCCCGAGAGUGACCUUCCUUCCCUCCCCGGUGGGCUCCACAGGCCAGGAUGCCACUUGGCUGCCUUUCUGGAAAGACUCAUCCGCUUGCUUUUCUUCAUAUAAAUGAGGUGGCCUUGUGCCUGACCCUCUGCACCAGCAGAGGUGACGUGACCUUGGUUACCGUGGGUUCGUCCAGCCAGACUUCUGUGGCCAGUGGUCCCGAGUCUCCUCGUUCCUCAACUGCCUCUCGUCCACCUGAGGGGCUGUGGCCCUGGGCUCUGGCAGUGCUGCUUUUUCCGUGGAUUCCAUGCUGACCUGGUGACCAUGUGAAGGGCUGUGGCAGCUCUGCUGGGGAGAGGGGGGCCUGCGUCGUGUCUGCGUGCAGGCUGGGGCAGGAGAGUGCUGCUGACCUUGAAUGUCCCUGUGCCAUGGGGAGGAAUAAAGGAAGGUGUUGCUGCCCAUUCGCAGAGUCA